AUGGCAAUGUUCUUGCAAAUUAUUGGGCAUAAUAAGCGUCUUCGCGUAGUGAAGCGUAGAUUUCAACACUCUUCACAAACAGUUCAUGUGUAUUUUCAUGAAGUGUUGAGUGCAAUGAUGAAUAUGGCAAUGGACAUAAUAGUACCAACAACAUUUGACCCGAAUUCAAAUAUUUCGACAAGUUUUAGGAGGUUACACCGAAUUUUUAAGGGAGCAGUUGGUGCACUUGAUGGAACACUAGUACAUGUCGUUGUUCCAGUUUCAAAGCAAACUAUGUACAGGGGUAGAGGAAAGGGCUGGGAAGGGGUAAAUAUUAUCUUUGUGAUGCAGCAUACAUACAUUGAACGAUAUUGGUUAGGAGACUAUCGUCGUAGACGUGCUUUGACUAAAGAAGAAAAAUUUAACCAUGCUCAUGCUCAACUAAGGAAUCUUGAUCAACCCAAUAUGCCUUUUGAUGGUGCGAAUGAGGAUGGACAAGACCACGAGAAUGAUGGUACAACUAUCGGACCAUGGUGGGGGGUCGAAGACAUGCAGUAUAUGGCUAAUGUUCGCGAUGAGAUAGCAACUCGGUUGAUGCAUUGA